GCAACUGCACUGCAACGGGGCCCUGCGGGACGGCCAGCUGGCCGGGCCGCGCGCCGGCGUCUCCAAGCGGCACCUGCGGGGCGACCAGAUCACGUGGAUCGGGGGCAACGAGGAGGGCUGCGAGGCCAUCAGCUUCCUCCUGUCCCUCAUCGACCGGCUGGUCCUGUACUGCGGGAGCCGGCUGGGCAAAUACUACGUCAAGGAGAGGUCCAAGGCAAUGGUGGCUUGCUACCCUGGAAAUGGAACAGGUUACGUUCGCCAUGUGGACAACCCCAAUGGUGAUGGCCGCUGCAUCACCUGCAUCUACUAUCUGAACAAGAAUUGGGAUGCCAAGCUACAUGGUGGGAUCCUGCGGAUAUUUCCAGAGGGGAAAUCGUUCAUAGCAGAUGUGGAGCCCAUUUUUGACAGACUCCUGUUCUUCUGGUCAGAUCGCAGGAACCCACACGAAGUACAGCCUUCCUACGCAACCAGAUACGCUAUGACUGUUUGGUACUUUGAUGCUGAAGAAAGGGCAGAAGCCAAAAAGAAAUUCAGGAAUUUAACUAGGAAAACUGAAUCUGCCCACACUGAAGAUUGACCAUGCUCUGAAAUCUGCUGGCCUUGUUCAUUUUAGUAACAGUUGCUGAAUUCUCUUUAAGAAUUGAGAUCCAAAGAUGGCUCCUUCAGUGACGACAAACACCCUCUCCUGCUUACAUCUUUCACAUCCCUGUCUUGUGUGUGGUACUUCGUGUUUUCUUGCCAAGACUGCAUUGACCUUCCGAUGCUCUCUUUGCCAGAUGAGCUCAUUUGCUAACUCCAGAAAUUCCUACAGACAUCCUAGUUGGCCAGCGGCUUAACUAAUAGAUUUGGCAAUACUGGCUAUCAAGACAAGAGCCUAAGUGCACAGGCGAGGGAAUGAAUCUUACUUGCACUUUAUGUAUACUUCCUGGCUUGAAAGGAAGAAGUGUGAAAAGAAAAAAAAAAUGGUGGCCGAUGCUGCAGAGAGGCAUCAUGGGAGUCUUAACAGCAGGAAACAGAAAUUUGUGUCAUCUGAACAAUUUCCAGAUGUUCUUAAUCCAGGACUGUUGAGGUUUGUGGAGAAUUAGCACAACCUAAUGACAUUAUUACCUCUAGAAAGGGCUGCUGUCAUAGUGAUCAAUUUAUAAGUGUCCCAUGGGGCGGACACUCCUUUUUCUCAGUCCUGCAACCUGGAUUUUCUGCCUCUGCCCCAUUUUGCUGAAAAUAAUGACUUUCUGAAUGAAGAUGGCAACACCAUUUUUUCUCUAUUUUUACUUCUUACCUGGAGAACCUAAUUCCCCAGAAGCUAAAACUAAAUGUUAAUUUUUUUUUGGUUGCUUUGUUGGAAUGGAAUUUGAAUUUAAAUCAAAGGAAAAAUAUCUACCUAGUAGUUUGGUAUCAACCUCUGAUAACAACAUGAAAAGAGCUAGGUCUACUGAUAGACAAUAAACAUGUGUGCAUCUUGAACAGUUUGAGAGGGGAGAUGGAAUCGGAUUUGUGGGGGUCCCUGUUUUUUCGUUUUCCUUUUUAAUGAGCUCACCCUUCUUUAACAACAUAAAAAAGAAUAGGUGCUGUAUUUUAAAAAGGAAAUGGAAAUAAAAAGAAAAUCUCAAAAGCUAUUUGAGUUCUUCUACGUUGUCUGUCCCUGGCAGCCUUUCUUUAGCUGACCGGCUCUUCAUAUCUACUGUGGUUGGCGUUGUGGCCAGAAUCAUGGAAUUUGCUAGAACCGCAGAAGGUUCUAUUACAGCACUCUGCUUCUGCAAUAAGCAGAGAUCCCACUGCCUCAAGAACUCUGUAUUUGGCAUCCAUGAAAAUUACACUUGCUAGUUUGCAAUUUUACUUUCAUGUUUUUAAAAUCUCCUUAAUUUCUUGCUUGAAAAUCCUAUAACCAUUAAAGAGCCAGAAAUGUUUUAUUAUGUACAAAUAUAUUUAUAUAUAGACUUUCCCAAAUAGAUGUUUACUUUCUCCUUUUCUGGUUUUGGAAAAUUUCCAGAUACAACUUGUCAUCAUUUAUUCUCACUACUGCUCUAUUUUUUUUGUAUCUUAGUACUCAUCACCUUCUAACUUACUAUGUAAUUUACUUAUUUAUUAUGUUUAUUGUCUUGUAUCCUUUCUCUAGAGUGUAGGCACAACGAAGACAGGGAUUUUUGUAUGUUUUUAAUCAAUGCAAUAUAGUCCCAGUACCUAAAAUAGUGCCUGGCACAUAGUAAGGGCUCAGUAAAUAUUUUUUGAAUAAACUCGAUCUCCUAUGUUAGCAUUCUAA